AUGGACCUCCCCCCUCCGCCCUCCUGGGCGCGGGCGCCCGCCGCCCCGCGGCGCCUGUUCCUGUUGGCGUCCGACGGCAACGGCGCCCAGAGGCGGGCGCCCAUCGGCGAGCGGGCGGCCUACUUCGUGGGCAGGCACAGGGCGUGCGACAUCGUCGUGGACCACGCGUCGGCCAGCCGCGUGCACGCGUGCCUUGCGCACGGGAAGGACGGCAAGCUAUACAUCGCGGACUGCGGCAGCGUGCACGGGACCUUUGUGGACGGGGUGCCCCUGGAGCGGGAUGCCCCAAUAGAGAUCUCCGCAGGGUGCACAUUCCACAUCGGCGCCUGUCGUCAGUCGUUAAGGGUGGUCGACGCCGAAACAGGGCAACCGGAGGAGGGUGGUAUGACAAGCCCGUCGUCAAGGCGUGAUGUGAAAGGUGGAGACGCCAAGGGUGGCAAAGAUGGCCGGCUCAGUGAGCAACUGGAGGAGUAUGACCCAUGUUCCCCAUGUGUUGACGAACCCAGCUCGGGACUUGACAAACCUGCGAUGCCUGUCCCUAAUGGAUUGAUUGGAUCGAGACCUGAAGUUGACAACCAUGAGAAUGGCGCUCAACAACAGAUGGAUCCUAUGUUGCGGACAGCAAUUGACAGCCAGGAUAGGGCUCAGGCAUCUGGCGCGAGCUGUGGCCAGAAGCGUGAUACACAAGGUGGGAGGGAAGCCCACUCUCACAGGAAGCGGCGUACAAGUAGUGAGCAGGAGGUGCGCCUGAGCCACGAUGAUCGGAGGGAAGAGAGGCAUCGUGGCAAUGGACACAGGGAACGGCACAGAAGGGAGGGGGAUGGCAGGCAUCGAGGCGACCGAGAUGAUCGUCGAGGGGCGAGGCAUGAGUCGUAUUCCAGAAGGGGCAGCGAAUGGGACAGGAAGGAGGACUCUCGCUAUUGUAGGAGCGUACGGGACAGGAGGGAAGACUCCCGCCCUGGUAGGAGACACCACAGGAGCAGGGAGAGGGACAGACGCAGUCCAGACUGCAGAGACGACAGGCACAAAUCGAGAUCUCAUGGACACAGAGAUCAGGAUCGAGACAGUGACCCUCCCCUAGAGACUGACAGGAAGCGAAGGCGGUCGGCAUUCUCUAAUGCACCAGACACUGCAGUGCAGAAGACAGAGACAAGCCUUGACAUCGUCAAGUCGAUGAUGCAAGCACCAGGUCAGAUGGGGGGCAGCCUACCGCAGCCUGGGUUGACGACUGGAUUGACGGUUGAGCAGAAGAGGCACCUUCUGUGGGGCAAGAAGAAACAGGAGCCUGUGAAGGAGGCACCUGCCCAGCCUGUGACUGCAUUUGGUGCCAACAGAUGGGACGUGGCUGAAUUUUCAAGCGGACAGGAGAAGGAGAAGUUUCAGCGGCUGAUGGGUGUGAAAAGCACGGCUCCCCCAGAGACGGCCCCAGAAACUGCUGAUGAUGACAGCCCAGUGGAGCGGAAGGCAUUGGGCAGAGAGCAGCAGGAAGAGGUGCUGCGGUCUGUUGAGCAGCAUUUUGUGGCUGGACUGCGAAGGGCGGAUGGGCGCACUGUGGGGUUAGGGUUGUAG